CAGGAGAUGCUACCGAACGAGGAUGCGGUUUUGUACGUGGACGCUGACACCCUCUUUUUGAGCCCUGUCGAGGAACUCUGGAGCGUCUUCGAGAGGAUGAACGAGAGUCAUCUCACCGCCCUUACUUAUGAGACUGAGGACGUGCGUACCAACUGGUACCAACAGCAUGGCAAACACCCUUACCCUGCACCUUUCGGAGUGAACGCCGGCGUGAUGCCCAUGAACCUCACGCGCAUGCGGAGCUUUGACUGGGUGUCGCGCAUGGCGCCCCUGAUGGAGGAGUACACUGGCCGGAUCCCCUGGGCCGACCAGGACUUGCUGAACAUCCUCUUCAGCGCCCACCCGGACAAGAUGCUCCUGUUGACAUGCAGGUGGGGCUACCGCCAGGACAACUGCAGGUUCCACGAGUCGUGCUCGGGAGAAACGCCCGCCAUGUUGCACGCGAACCGAAAGUGCUUCAUCGCCCCGGACAGGGCACCCGCCUUCUCUGCCAUCCACCGGGUCAUGCGGAAGUACGAGCUCGGCACGAGCCUGGAGAGGAAUUUUAUUGAUCCAUUGGAACGCGAGCUGCGUGGGGCCUGGAGACACGAGUGCGUGGACGCGUUCCUGCUCCACUCCAAGCAGUGGCGGAUCCUCGCUCGGCAGCUGGACAACGAACGAGGCUUCAAUGACGACGUUACCAAUGCAACAUCAUCUUGGACAACAUAUAGGAAAUAA